AAGGCCCAGAACAAACAAAGGCCACAAACAAGGCCCAGCAGACAGGUAGCUGGACUGGGUGAGUUGGGUGGGACAAACAAAACAAUGCAGACCGAGAACAAAACAAACAAGUCACGCGCGGGGAUCGGAAUCAGGAGUGUUUUGUCUUUGUUUUCGUAGGUGACGUCACACCUAGAUGUGAGAUAGUAUCUCACAUCUAGAUGCAACAGACCAAAGAAAUAACCGACGCCUGCAAAGCCAAAUAGGCCCGAACAGCCGGCCGAACAGAAAUCCCCACGGGCAAGCUUCGUGUUGACCGGCCAGCAGCGCUGACAAACCGACCAGGCCCAGCUGACGAGGACGCCGACAGGCGAACACGACUCGCACGGCGCAGUGCGCGAGAGGGCGCAACCGAAACCACCCAUGACGGUGACCGGCCACGCCCGCGGUUCACCCAUGGAACACGACUAGGUGACUCGCGCCAGCUGGGGCUCGCUCACGGGCGCGCCUGACGCCGCCCAAUGACGGUGACCCGGCGCAGCCCGCUGGGUCGAGUGAAAAAAUGGCUAGACAGUCGACGUCAUGGGGCUCCACGUACCACUUCUAGCCAAAGUACGAGCUUAUCGUCACCUCCAGCAAUCAGCAGCCACCCGAAGCCUUCUUUCCCCCAAAUCUUCGGCAAGAGCUAGUGCCUUCCGGCAAGCAAUUGCCUCCAUCGUUAUCGGUGAAGCCAGCGUCGAUUACGCGGGACGCUCCCAAGAAGCUGACGUCCGCCGCUACCGCCCCUCGAGCCUGCUUCUUCGCAGGAGCAGCAUCGGCAUUGACCUUCACACAGCCAUAGGGGGCGGGAUCCACUUCGUCCGACUCGCACGAGCAGCAGCUCAGAUCGGCAUCAGCUGCAGAGGUGUGCUCGUCUUAUACAUGACAGCAUCUCGUUGACGCCAGGAAGCCACACUCCGGCAGCUGCAGCGAAUUUACACUGCAGGUCGAGGCUAGCUGAGAUCCAUGGCGUCGAGCAGGGCGAUCUUGGCCAUGGGCCUCCUUGCCGCCGUGCUGUCCCCCGCCUUGUCAACGCGGUCGUUUAUCUCCAUGCCAGCCGACGUGAGUAGUCCUGUGACCCUGGCCAACGGCCUCUCCUACGGCUACCACGCCAACUCCUGCCCACAGCUGCAAGACAUCGUGUGGCCGAUCGUGGAGAGCGCGGUCCUGGGUGAGGUGGCCAUCGCCGCCGGCCUCCUCCGUAUCUUCUUCCACGAUUGCUUUCCUCAGGGCUGCGACGCGUCCGUCCUUCUGACGGGACCCAACAGCGAGCGGGACCUGCCGCCGAACCAGACGCUGCAGCCGCGUGCGAUGCAGCUCAUCGAGGACGUCCGCGUCAAGGUACACGCCGCCUGCGGCGCCACCGUCUCCUGCGCCGACAUCAUCGCCCUCGCCACCCGCGACGCCGUCUUCGUGGCCGGGGAAAGCGAAAUGUUCUACUUCUACGACCUGCCGCUCGGCCGGUUUGACAGCCUCGAGCCGGCUAAUAGCAGCGCCGUCUUCGACCUCCCGCAGUCCACCGCCGACGCCAACACGCUCAUCAACGCCUUCAAGAGCCGCAACCUCGAGCCGAUCGACCUCGUCGCGCUCUCUGGCGCGCACACCGUCGGGAAGGCGCAGUGCAGCUCCUUCAACAACCGCUUCUCCGAGGACGCCGACUUCGCCCGGAGGCUCGCCGCCAACUGCUCCAGCGACCCGAACCGGCUGCAGGACCUCGACGUGGAAACCCCCAUCGUGUUGGACAACCAGUACUUCAAAAACCUGAUGGAGGGAAAGGGGGUGUUCACCUCCGACCAAGUGCUCAUCAGCGACGGGCGCACCGACUGGGCGGUCAAAGGCCUCGCCGAGAACAAAUAUUGGUUCUACAGCCAGUUCCGUGACUCCUUGGUGAAGCUGAGUCAGUACCAACCCGGAGGAAACGUGGGCGAGAUCCGCCGCAACAGCUGCUUCGCGCCCAACGGACGGAGCAUUCCCGCCACCGCCGGUGACGAGGGGUUCGCAGCCUCUGCUUGAGUUCACCGCUCACUACGGGAUCCUCGUUUAGUUUGCUUGUAGUAAGAGUAUAAGCUAGUGUGUACUCUGCUUCGUUCAAUCCUCUUUCAUGAUGGCUCAGAACACGUUUGAAACAGUUGCACGGGGUUUGUUCACUCGGGUUUUGUUUUUGGCUGGCGGGCCAUCGAGAGAUUACGUGGAUGAGGUAUGUAAUCUUAUUUCCGACCGAGAUAUCCUAUUUUGAUAUAAACGUUGGGUUUGUCCAUGUCACAUCUAGAUGUGAGAUAAUAUCUCACAUCUAACAUGAUGUCACAUUUUGUUUGUGGC